AUGGAUUCCACAGGCAACGUUCACCUGCUCGGCCACCACGGGGCCCUGCGAAACGGAGUGCCAGCUUCCUCCAAGCCCAGCUCCCCCGCCCUCAUUGAGACCAAGGAGCCCAAUGGGAGCAUCCACACCAGCGGCUCCACAUCGGGGGAGCCUGACGAGCAGGAUGGCCAGGCUGACAAUCCCUCGUUCCCCAACCCACGCCGGAGGCUGCGCCUUCAGGACCUGGCUGACCGAGUGGUGGACGCCUCUGAGGACGAGCAUGAGCUCAACCAGCUACUCAACGAGGCCCUGCUUGAGCGAGAGUCCGCCCAGGUAGUGAAGAAGAGAAACACCUUCCUCCUUUCCAUGCGGUUCAUGGACCCCGAGAUGGAAACCCGCUACUCAGUGGAGAAGGAAAAGCAGAGCGGGGCUGCCUUCAGCUGCUCCUGCGUUGUCCUGCUCUGCACGGCGCUGGUCGAGAUACUCAUCGACCCCUGGCUGACGACGAACUACGUGACCUUUGUGGUCGGGGAGGUUCUGCUUCUGAUCCUGACAAUCUGCUCGCUGGCCGCCAUCUUUCCCCGGGCCUUUCCUAAGAAGCUCGUUGCCUUCUCGACUUGGAUCGACCGGACCCGCUGGGCCAGGAACACCUGGGCCAUGUUAGCCAUCUUCAUUCUGGUUAUGGCAAACGUCGUGGACAUGCUCAGCUGUCUCCAGUACUACGCAGGACCGAACAACAGCACCGCAGGGCUGGAGGCGGAGGAUGGCUGCGUAGAGAACCCCAAGUAUUACAACUACGUCGCCGUGCUGUCCCUCAUUGCCACCAUCAUGCUGGUGCAGGUCAGCCACAUGGUGAAGCUCACACUCAUGCUGCUCGUCACCGGGGCUGUGGCCGUCAUCAACAUCUAUGCCUGGCGCCCCAUCUUUGAUGAAUACGACCGCAGACGUUUUCAGGAACAUGACUUUCCCGUGGUCGCCUUAGAGAAGAUGCAGGGAUUUUCCACCCCUGGGCUCAACGGCACUGGCAGGCUGCCCCUGGUGCCUUCUAAGUACUCCAUGACCAUGAUGAUCUUUGUCAUGAUGCUGAGCUUCUACUACUUCUCACGCCACGUGGAAAAACUGGCAAGGACACUGUUCUUGUGGAAGAUCGAGGUCCACGACCAGAAGGAACGUGUCUACGAGAUGCGGCGCUGGAAUGAGGCCUUGGUCACUAACAUGUUGCCUGAGCACGUGGCACGCCAUUUCCUGGGGUCCAAGAAGAGAGAUGAGGAGCUGUACAGCCAGUCUUACGAUGAGAUUGGAGUCAUGUUUGCCUCCCUGCCCAACUUCGCCGACUUCUACACGGAGGAGAGCAUCAAUAAUGGUGGCAUUGAGUGUCUGCGCUUCCUCAAUGAGAUCAUCUCAGAUUUUGAUUCUCUCCUGGACAAUCCCAAAUUCCGGGUCAUCACCAAGAUCAAAACCAUUGGCAGUACCUAUAUGGCAGCUUCAGGAGUCACCCCAGAUGUCAACACCAACGGCUUUGCCAGCUCCAACAAGGAGGAGAAGUCAGACAAGGAGCGCUGGCAGCACCUGGCCGAUCUGGCCGACUUUGCCCUGGCCAUGAAGGAUACGCUCACAAACAUCAACAACCAGUCCUUCAACAACUUCAUGCUGCGCAUCGGCAUGAACAAAGGAGGGGUCCUGGCUGGGGUCAUUGGAGCCCGGAAACCACACUAUGACAUCUGGGGCAAUACGGUCAAUGUGGCCAGCAGGAUGGAGUCCACAGGGGUCAUGGGCAACAUUCAGGUGGUGGAAGAAACACAAGCCAUCCUCCGAGAGUACGGCUUCCGCUUUGUGAGGCGAGGGCCCAUCUUUGUGAAAGGGAAGGGGGAACUGCUAACCUUUUUCCUGAAGGGGCGUGAGAAGCCAGCUGCCUUCCCUAACGGCUCCUCGGUCACCCUGCCCCACCAGGUGGUGGACAACUCCUGAAUGGCCUCCAGCCCCACCACAGUCCAAAUGGGAAGGGAGAACCCAUUUUUUGGAAUCAAAGAAAGGCCUUGGGAAAGGACACAUGACCAAGUCCCAGCAUUCCCAAAUUGAAGUGCACACUCACAUAGACUUUAGGUUUAAAAAUCUCCUCAAGUCUUCAUUUGUUCAUGGAUACGUGAGCUCUGAGGGCGGCCAUACUAUUCCUCAGUGUGCCUGUAGCUUCCUCAGAGAGUAGGGGUCUUAGGUGUAGUACUGGAACAAUCCUUCCAGGGCUCUGGGUCUGACCAGCCCUCCUUCCCCCAGAGAGGCCAUGGCCACUGUGAGCAGGAAAUGUGUCCAAGGUGGAACAAAGCUGCCUUUGCUUCUGGGCUGGGAGCACAGAUGGGAGAGCUGGGCUUCAGACGAGGACUCGGCAGGACUUGACAGCUGAGCAGGCGAGUGUUCUGCUCCCCAGCGCUCACCUGGAAGCAGUCUUUCAAGCUGGAGACCUGCUCGUCUCCAUGUGGUCCGGGUUAGGUGAACUGGCCCUCAUGCUGAUGUUCCUGAUAAUCUUGAAAGGUUCUUCUGGAACCCCUGCCACCUUAGUCAUGAGAGCAGAAAGUGCAAUAUUUCCUUUUACCUGGUGGGAGGGAGGGAAAGGGAAUUUAUUUCUGAGAGAAAAAUAUAUAAACAGAUCUUCUACAUUUAUAUUUUUAACUUUCUGUUAAACCACUUUCCAAUAUUGCCUUGCCUCUUGAGCUCUUGCUACAGUCGCCUUUGCUGCUGCUUUAAAAGAGAAUUUACAGGUACUGAUAAAGAACAAGACUGUUUUAUUAAAAGCUUUAUUCAACUUGAA